GACUAAAGCAGUAGCAGCAGCAGCAGCAGCAGCAGCAGCAGGAGGAGGAGUUCAUCACGUUUCUUUUUCACAGUCGACUAUCUGUCUCUGCAGAGGUGAGACUGACAAGUUAAUUGGUUCCCUCAGGCGCUGUUUUUUUUUUCUUUCUUUUUAAAUCCAGCUAUUCGUGCUGUCUGCUACACCUGCCUGCCAAGGCUCCAGCGCUGAUGGGCGCGGCUGGGACCGGUGCCCAAAUCUGUGUUUUGACUUGCCUGGGAAAGUUGAGCGAAAAGGCACAAAAGGAGCGAGGACUUUAAGAACAUCCCACCCCGGCGCGUCAACUUCAUAUAAACACAUUAUUCCUCCAGUGGAUCAGUCGGUCCAUCUUGAGAGGAGUCGGGAUUUGAUUGAUUGUUGACUGAAGAUAAGAUGGGAUGGACGAGUUAACAAGACAGAUGGACUUCUCAGGAGGCUUGUCAGGAGAAAAGGUUGUGACAGAAACUAUAACCUCCACCACCAGACUGACUUCUCUACCACCAAAGGGAACCAGCGGAUCAAAUCACAGGAAUAUGUCCAGCAGUGCUGGAGGGCUGGGCUUGGAGAAGAAUGUCUUAACCCAGAACAGCAGUGGAACUUAUUUCUCUUCAUCCUCUGUAGGUUUGAACACCAGCAGCUACAGCUCCUCCUCAGGAGUUUACCUCGGAGGAGACUCCUCAGGAGGAGGCGAUGGCGGGGGGAGCUACAUAGACGGAGAAGGGUACGGAAGUGGAGGAGGAGGAGGCAGAGGCGGCGGCAGUUAUGUUGUGAGCUCGGUGUCAAAGGUCAGGUCCAGCUCGUCGGGUGGUGCCAGGAGAGCACAGACUGCUGGCUCAUCAGGAGGCCUGUCGCCAGGUUUCCGGGAGAGGAAGAACAUAUCCAGCCGCUCAGGAGGAUAUGAUGGGAGUUCCAGUGCUAAUUCCUCUCCAGAAUUUACACGCAAAGAUUAUGGAAACUAUUGCUCCAGCACCACAAGAGGGAGGAGUGAAAGCAGAGAGAGCGAGAUCAGAGCCAGAUUACAAAGUGCCUCUCCCACUGCCUGCAGAUGGACGGAGCUGGAUGAUGUGAAGAAGCUGCUGAAGGGACGCUCAAGCAGCGUCAGCCCCACUCGCUCCUCCAACACCUCCAUCACCCUGCCUGUCCCUAAAAAGGCCUGCGUGGAAACCAAGACCAUCUCUGUGGCCACUCAGUCAGGUUCAUCUGCAUUUAGCUCUGGAGUGAGAUCAGGCCGGUUCCACACCAUUGAUACAUCAGGCCUGUGUGAUACCAGUCUGACAAAUGGGCAGUUUGAUACUAGUGCAAAAUCAGGCCAGUAUGAUGUCACUCUGAAAUCAGGCCCAUAUGAUACUGGUUUGAAAUCGGGCCAGUAUGAUGUUAGUCUGAAAUCCGGACAGUUUGAUACUGGUGUCAAAUCAGGCCAGUUUGAUACUGCUUUGAAAUCAGGGCAGUAUAACACCAGUGUGAGAUCAGCACAGUAUGAUACCGGUGUGAGAUCAGCACAGUAUGAUACCGGUGUGAGAUCAGCCCAGUAUGAUACCGGUGUGAGAUCAGCCCAGUAUGAUACCGGUGUGAGAUCAGCCCAGUAUGAUACCGGUGUGAGAUCAGCCCAGUAUGAUACCGGUGUGAGAUCAGCCCAGUAUGAUACCGGUGUGAGAGCAGGCCAGUAUGACACGCUGGACGCUACACUUCCAUCUUUCUCUUGGUCCACCUCCACGCUGCCCUCCUCCUCCUCCACGGUGGUCGCUGGCAACGCCAGCAGCUACACAUACCAGAUCGGUACCAACAACAUGCCGGGAGGAUCCUCGCCGAUCGGCCUCACCUCACCCUCGUCCUUGUCAGUUUACGGCUUUCAGAAUAAUCUGGCUCCCACCUCUGCAAGUGUGCUCACCACAAGCGGAGCCAACGUAAACGCUAACCUAGGUGGUUAUGGCGUUCAGAAGAACGUGUCAAAUGGUGGUGGUGGUGUCGUCAGCACCGGAGUCUCUACAACCACUAGAUCCCAAACUGAUGACACAUAUAAGAAAGACUAUAAGUUCCUGAUCUCUGAAAAGGAGAACGUUCCAGCCAAGAGGGACGCAGAAAUGCUCAUUUUGGCUAAAGACAGCGGGAAGCAGUUCACCAGCAGCAGCAGCGUUCAUAUAGGAGGAGGGUCGCUAUCAGGAGAUUCAAUUAAGAAAGAGAAGCUUAUUUCAAGCUACACUGAGACGAUGCCACUGAAGACGGAGACAGGCAACUCUUACUAUGGAUCAUCUGGAGUUGUAAUGAAAGACAAAGCCACCUAUGCAGAGAUUCACAGGGACAGCGGCAUCUUCGGAGGUGGAGGACUAUGCUGCUGCUCCGACGCGUGUUGCUCCUGGUGGAAAUGGCUGCUGGGUCUUCUCCUCCUCUCCCUGCUCCUACUGGGACUCCUGUUCGGGCUCAUUGCACUGGCUGAGGAUGUGAGAAAGCUGAAGAAUCGAGUGGCUACCCUGGAGGCUGAGUCAGUCGCCAAUGCUCGUACCAGCCGGCUGUCAAGUUCCUCCAAUGACAUCACCUAUGUGGGCGGUGGAGGUACCGGUGACAGUGACAACACGCUACACCUGGGCGCUGGAGGUGGAGACCCCAAAACACGAAUCGGGAUCGCGGCUGGUGCUGGUGGCUCCACCAGUGGCAAUGGCAUUGAUGUUGGAACUGGAGGUGGUGCUAGUGGGUCCAGCAGGGCCAGUGCUGGAGGUGCUGGAGGUGCUGGCACCAGCUCCAGUGGCGCCGACAGUGCUAGUGGUACCAGUUUCGGUGGCGGUGGCGGCAGUGCUGGUGGUACCAGUUUGGGUGGUGGCUCUGGCCUCGGAACUGGUGUGAGUGGAGGAUACAUAGAAACUAGUUCUCUUCAGAUGACGAUCCAGCAAAUGUUAAGAGCUGAAAUGCAAUCACAGGCAUUCAGAGGUUUCCUAGCAUCGUCAGUGCAGGGAGAGAGAGGCCUGCCUGGACCUAAAGGGGACACUGGAUCUAAAGGAGAUUCUGGUUUCCCUGGACUUCCAGGUGCUCCAGGAGCGAUGGGACAUGCAGGCCCUGAGGGUCCGAAAGGACAGAAAGGAAACCAAGGUGAUCAUGGACUGGAUGGACCGCCAGGUAUCAGGGGUCGCGAGGGCCCAGCUGGCCCCAGAGGUGAGGCAGGACCUUCAGGCUUUGGAGUGAAAGGUGAAAGAGGUGCUCCUGGAGAUCCUGGGGUUCCUGGGCCUGUGGGAUCUGUCGGACCAAAAGGCGCACCUGGAGUUCCUGGGCUUUCUGGGCCACCAGGUCAACCAGGUCCUCAGGGUUUCCGUGGCGAGACAGGGUCACCUGGGUCUAAAGGUGACAGAGGGCUUGCUGGAUUUCAAGGACUUAAAGGUGAACCUGGGGACAAAGGUCUCAGAGGUCUGCCAGGUGAUUCUGGUUUACCAGGUCCUCCGGGGCCAGCUGGAGAGAAAGGACCCAAAGGGUCAAUGGGGUUGUCUGGACUUGAUGGUGCAAAAGGGUCAAGAGGUGACCAAGGACCUGCUGGGCCCCCUGGACUCAGAGGUCCUGCUGGGCCUCCUGGAGAUAACGGACUUCCAGGAACACCUGGGCUUCAAGGACCACCAGGAAUACCAGGGAAUCCAGGACAACCUGGCUCCAAAGGUGAAACAGGUGAACCAGGAAGAAUCAUCAAUGCAGCUGGCUCCGCUUCUGUUGGCAUCCCAGGACCACCUGGGCCUGCUGGUCCUCCCGGCCCUGCUGGACCUCCAGGAUUAUCAGGUCCCAUUGGCCCUGCUGGUCUGCCUGGCCAAGCUGGUCCUAAAGGUGAUAGGGGAUAUAAGGGAGAGCAGGGAGAACAAGGAAUAAUAGUGAGAACGACUGGAAGUCUAAGCUCAACCAGAGGGGAGUUUGGUGCUGGUGCAGCCUCAGGAAUACCUGGCCCACCCGGCCCACCGGGUCCUCCUGGACGUCCAGGAGAUUCAAGACAAGGACCUCCAGGACCGCCUGGGCCUCCAGGUCAGCCAGGUUAUGGAAGACCAGGACCUAAGGGAGACAAAGGAGACUUUGGAGGCUAUGCAUCCAGCUCUGGAACGUUUUACACUGGACCACCAGGACCACCUGGACCUUCUGGGCCUGCUGGGCCUAAAGGAUCAACAGGUUCUCCUGGACCAAGGGGAUACCAAGGUGAACCAGGUUUGCCAGGCACCCCAGGAAGAUCAGGAAUCUCUGAGAGAGUAUCGACUUAUGCUGGAGGACACGGGAUCCCUGGUCCACCAGGUCCACCAGGGCCUCCUGGACAUCCAGGACCACAAGGACUUAAAGGGGACACUGGAGCUCCUGGUAUUCCUGGCUCUUCAAGAGGCUCCGUCUCCGUCACCUCAGGCCCUCCUGGUCCCCCAGGUCCUCCUGGCCCUCCAGGCCAUCCGGGCUCCUUCGCUUCUUCUAGUGAGAUGCGGCAGUACAUCUCCGACUAUCUAAGUAGAAGCAGACAGGCUGGUAUCCCCGGACCUCCAGGUCCACCUGGGCCUCCAGGAAUCCCUGGAACCUUCUCAGGCUCUAUGGAGGACAUCUCUGCUCGCAUCAUUGCAUACAUACAACGUUCGGGCUCAGGCCUCAGCAUUGGCGUUCAGGGCCCUCCGGGACCACCUGGUCCUCCUGGACCUGGCUUUGGAUCCCUGACGGUCAGUGGUCUCAUCGCCAUGCUUCAGAGAGAUGAUGUGAGGAGAUAUUUGUCAGGACCACCAGGGCCACAAGGACCACCGGGACCACCAGGGACAUCAGGAGGAAUUUCAGGCAGUUACCGUGUAGAGGAGAUAGCCACAUAUGUGUUCAAUAUCAUGAAUGACAGAGGGAUCGCUAGAGGUCCACCCGGACCACCUGGUCCUCCUGGGCCUUCUGGUGCAGGGGGCUCUGGCUUCACUACCGCUACGAUUGACUAUUCUGCACUGAUGAGAAAUUCAGAAUUCCGCUCGUGGAUUAGCUCGACCGUACAAAGCGGCCCACCUGGGCCACCAGGUGCCCCGGGGCUACCUGGCCCUCCAGGCCCUCAGGGGCCCUCAGGAGUCUCCACUGCCACUGUGUACGGGGCGGGAGGUCGUGGCUACAGCUUGGAGGACAUUCAGCGUUACCUGCAGGGCUCUUCUGCGUUCAGAGGUCUUCCCGGCCCUCCUGGUCCUCAAGGUCCACAGGGACCACAGGGUCCACCAGGCAGUUACACUGGAUCAGUUUCCUACAGUGGAAACUUCCCUCGGGAAAGCAUCCGCACUGAAGUUCAGGAGUAUCUAAGCAGUGACAGUGUUCGUCGUGCCAUAAUCGGACCUCCAGGGCCUCCAGGACCAAGGGGUCAGAAAGGAGAACGUGGAGAGCCAGGUUACAUCCAGAGUCAUACGCAGAGCCGGAGCUACUCUCAGGGCGAGUCUCGCUACGGCUCUGAGCACAGAGAGAUCGAUGUCAGCAAGCUCGCCGAGACACUGGACUACUCCAAUGUCGCCUUGAAAGUUACAGACUACAUCAAGAAUCAAGGCCUGCUGCAGGAGUAUCUUGUUGAGGGUCCUUGGAGGGCGAAUGUAAGAGCGAUUCAAGGCCCCCCUGGUCCACCCGGACCUUCCGGACCACCUGGUCAGAGCCGCGUCAUCGGUGCCUAUGGCAACGUCACAGCUGACCUCAUGGACUUCUUCAGAACCUACGGCACCAUUCCCGGCCCUCCAGGAGGCCCUGGUCCAAAGGGAGACAGAGGGUACCCAGGACCCAGAGGAGACAAGGGUCAUCCUGGACCCCCAGGUUUACCAGGACUACCAGGGCCAUACACUGUCCAAAUUCCACACAGAGUGCAGAAGAGGGACACAGGAAAUAAAGUGGUUGGUCGUCAUAAGCAGCAUCGCCAUCAUGGCUAAAGGGCUAACAUACUACUGGAUCAUGUCAGAUUUCAUUUGUACUCGUCUUUUUUUUUUUUAGAUGUUCAACUGUAGCAAUGCAAGUAGUCAAAAUGCUCCUUAUUCUUGCAAUGUGUAGAAAAGUCAGGUGACAAUUUGAGAAAAUAAAAGCAGCCAAAAAAUGCAUCAGUCUCUUUAAAACGGCUUCAGUAGAGGUAAGGAUUUAGCUGCUGGUCAGUGUUUUUGUAACACAAGACUUAAUUUUUUUGACAUUUGGGUGUGUAAUGUUUACUUUGCUUAGUUAGAAGCUUGCAUUCAAACUUUUUCCAGGGGCGACUUUGUUUAAGAGAAUAUCUAUUUUUAAGCAAUAAGUAGCAAUUGCUGAUAUUUUAAUUGCAUCUUUUCCCACUGCCUGUGUAAGUUGAGUGUCUGGUGUACUAUUUUUUUGUAUUUGUUGUCUUUUGAGGAUUAUAUUGUAUUGAGGACUAUAUAAGUGUUAAAUGUUGUGUCAACGUAACCGUCAAUGUUUCAUAAAAUGCUACAAUACUGUUACAUUAUCCACAUACAUCAAGCCAACCUCCAGCCUGUAAGACCCCUCGCAGUCAUGCAGCCACCCAAUACAAAUUAAAAAACAAUUAACAUUUUUAAAUAUAUAAAGCAAUGCAUCAUUAUCAGAACCUGACAGUCAGAGUGAUUUACUUCAAAGGUUUGUUGGUAACAAUAAUAGCAGAAAGACAGGGACUCAGAUAAUCACUAAGAAAUAACUGAUUGGAUUGUAUAUUUUUGUAUAAGAGCGCAAUGAAAUUGAUAUAUUUUCUUUAUACCUUUAAGUGUUGGAAAGAUUAAAUGAUAGUGUUCCCAGAUUAUGUUUUACAUGAUUGAACUUAUUGACAUUUGAUCAAUAUAUUUGAAAGACACACAAAUAAAUCUAUUUUUGGACUUGUGAGUCUUGAUAUUUGUAUGACUAAAUAAGGUUUUUCCAGACAGUUAAAAUGUCAAAUAAACAAUGUCAAUGUUUUAUUUACAACAAAAAAAUGUCCAUUUAUAAAGACACUUCAAUUACAUUUGAUCUGACAUAAAAUAUACUAAGAAUAUUCAUUGUGGAAGAAGGACAACUUAUCGACACAUCAAAAUGCUGUAACUCAACAAAAUAAAAAAAUAUUUGAAAUCUA